AUGGACCUCGAUGCCGGUGACUCCCCAUGGGGUGAUGAGCCUUCGCGCUCUGUAACCAGCCCGACUACCUCCAAGCCCGAUAACUCUGAGAGCUCUCCCGCCCAGGCCGCAUCGUCAAUCAGCGGCGGCGAGGUCCGUACUCCGGGUCGUCGCGGCCCACGAGGAACACGCAAAAUCAGCGCACAAGCGACUCGUCUAGAAGCUGUCGAUGAUACUGUGGACCCCCUUGGCCCGCUAGGAGAAGCUCCGUCCGAGACCAGCGCGACACCCACCGAUGAAGCUCCGGCUCCCCCCCAGAAAGAAACCAUUGCUGGACGCAGCCCCCCGCCACCUACGACUUUCCCUCCAGCAUUUGGCGGAACUGGCUUGGUAGAAUCUGGUAACUUGGAAGAAGAUGGUGCCGGAUUUCGAGGACCUCCGCCAGUACAACCUCCUUCCGAGGCAGAGGGGCCGAAGCGCCAGACACAACCAAGCGUGAGCAUUGAACAGGCGGCGAAGCCGACGUUCGAUAUCAGCGUUGGAGACCCGCACAAGGUCGGGGAUCUGACAAGUAGCCACAUUGUCUAUCAAGUUCGGACAAAGACAUCUUCAAAGGGAUACCGUCAGCCAGAGUUUGCUGUCACCCGCCGAUACCGUGAUUUCCUUUGGCUCUACAACUCCUUGCACAACAGCAACCCUGGUGUGGUUGUUGCUCCUCCGCCCGAGAAACAAGCCGUGGGCCGAUUUGAUACCAACUUCGUCGAAUCCCGCAGAGCCGCGCUGGAGCGCAUGCUGAACAAGAUUGCCGGUCACCCAAUUCUCCAACAUGAUUCCGAUUUAAAGAUAUUCCUCGAGAGUGAGGCCUUCAACGUCGAUGUCAAGAACAAGGAGAACCGAGAGCCCGACCUUGGCCAAAGCAAGGGCAUGUUUAGCUCUUUCGGAAUUAAUGUCGGCGGAGGAGGCAAGUUUGUGGAACAUGACGACUGGUUCCAUGAUCGCAAAAUUUACCUGGACGCACUCGAGAAUCAAUUGAAAGCCCUGAUGAAAUCAAUGGAUACUGUGGUUAUACAAAGAAAGGGGCUUGCCGAAGCCGCAGGCGACUUCUCGAGCUCACUUCAUGCCCUCUCUGCCGUUGAGCUUUCUCCGGCCCUCUCCGCUCCUUUGGAAGGUCUUUCGGAUCUGCAGCUACGAAUUAGAGAACUAUAUGAUCGCCAGGCUCAGCAGGAUGUCCUGACACUUGGAAUCACCAUUGAUGAGUAUAUUCGUCUCAUCGGCAGUGUGAAGACUGCCUUCUCCCAAAGACAGAAGGCCUUCCACAGCUGGCAUACCGCCGAGUCGGAUCUACAGAAGCGCAAGAAUACACAGGAUAAGCUUCUCCGACAGGGAAAGACGCAGCAGGAUCGUUUGAACCAAAUAAAUGCUGAUGUGGCCGAUGCGGAGCGAAAGGUUCACCAAACCCGAUUGUUAUUUGAGGAUAUGGGGCGCCUAAUGCGCAAUGAACUGCAACGAUUUGAAAAGGAGAAGGUGGAGGAUUUCAAGUCUGGCGUAGAAACAUUCCUUGAGUCUGCUGUGGAGGCUCAAAAGGAGUUGAUUGAGCUUUGGGAAACUUUCCUUUUGCAAUUGGAUGCUGGUGAAGACGGUGUCCCUUAUUACGUCCCUCCUACAGAGGGCGUGGCUGGCGAGACUGCUGCACUUGAGUCCCCCGCCCCGAACACCGAAGCCUCACUUGGAGCUGAGGAUAACGCCUGA